AAUUCAAGCUGAAAAAAAAAAAUAGAUAUUCCUUCCUUUGCAACCAAUAACCAUACACCAUCUCCGAACCCUAGCACCUUUCUCUCUCUGCUUUGUUCUCAGGUAACAGAGAACUUGGAGGAACUCGUGAUCUCAUAAAUCAAUAUAGACUUUGGCCCUACUAUGAAUUCUUUUGCAAGAAGCCACUUCCAGUGUCAAUCUCGGAGACACAUUAUCUUCACAAUGUGGUUGGUGACACAAAAGUCAGGAAAGGAGAAGGAAUGGAACUGGAUCAGCUCUGUCAGAACCCUGAACCAAGUGAGAAAAAAACUUCCUUAUGUCCUUUUGACUUGGAUGUACUGAGUGAAGCUUUCCAUAUGAGGGAAAUGAGUCCAUUCCACCUUUCUUCAGGGCUCCUAAAUGCAGUGCUCAAGUCAGAGAACCAAUCUAGAGAUCACGAGAAGAAGAAAAAAAAGGUCAAAGAUAAGGGUGAAAAGUACAAGAAGCAGAAGCACAGACUACAUCGUGUAAAUAAUGGAAGUUGUAUAGAAAACAUCAGAGUCAAAUCCCAUGAUCCCCAUCCCUUGCAGGUGAAGAACCAACAAAACAAGAAAAGGAAGACAGAUUCAAGCAAAGAUCCUUCUGCAUGCAAGAGAUAAAAAUGCUGUAAAGAGAGGCAGAAUUUGACUAUUUUCUCUGUGAAAUAUGUGAUCAAUUCAGAAGCUGACAGUAAACUCUAUUUUUUGUCUUAUUUAACAUUUUAUGUGCUCUUCUCCAUCCUUUAAUUUCAAAUAUGGCUCGCCAGUAAAGUUAGGAUGUCAAAAUAGGUUAUGGGCCACCACUCAGCCCGCAUUGGCAAGUCUUGCCUAGUUUGUUGAUUUUUUUUUAAAA